UGGAAACUUCCCUGAUCCAACAGAGAUGCCUUAUGAUGUAGAUGACAACAACAACUUUGGUUUCGAGGAUGAGAACUCUAUUGGUAACGAGAUAGACGACACCUUGCUUUGGCCCCCGAGACCCCAGAAGGACCAGGUGGUGGAGCUGAGCAUCAAGCUGAGAGGAGAAACCUACAACGUCGCAUUGAGAGACCCAAGCAGCUUCCACUACCAGCAGCUGGCCAGACAAUUCACACGCAGGAUUGAAGACGCCUUCGAGAGGCUGCCUGGCUUCAAGAACGUCUACAUCAUCGAGUUCAGGCCACAGAAGGACCUGGAGAGGGGUCUGGUGGUCCUGGUACACUACGCCAUUACGCUGGAGGUGGAUGGCAGCAGCGGCAUUGCCAACGACACGCUGGACUUCAUCUCUUUGCAGAACAACCUGGUGGAGAAGAGUUUCCCUGGCGCCGCCGAGCAGCCCACUGUUGUCUACACCAUCACUGACUUCCGCAAUUACAUCACCGAGGCGCUGCACAAAGACAACUUCCUGUCCAACAGCAGCAUAGAGACGCUGCCGGCUGAGGACGCAGAGAACGUGUUACCCACCGUGAAACCUACGAGCCAAACAGCUGACACUUUGGACAACAUGGAUAACAUCCUCGCUGCGGAGAAACCUCCCGACGCUCCGAGCCAUGAGGCGGACAGUGGCAACACUUUCUUCAACAAAGAUGACUUCCUGUUUGACUCCUUCGACCAGUGGAAAGGCUCCGUGGGCGACACGUUGAGCGAGAAUGAUGUCUUCAUGUUUGACGAGAGCACAAGUCCACCACCUGCCGCUGAGUUCCCCAGGAAGACUAUUGAACUGCAGAGGGAGAAUGAUGGAAAUAUUGAAGAUGAGGGAUUCCUACUCAGUAACGCUCCGACGGAUGAUGGCAGCAUCCCCCGAGGGGACCAUGUGGCUGGUCUGGGAGGCUCCACUGCCGCUGCUCCUCCACUGCCAGUGAAACCUCAAACUGACUCUGAGGUCACACUGGACGAAGGAUCUGGCUCUGGUUUCUCUGGAGACGGCCAGGGAGCUGAUCUCUGGUCCUGGCAGCCAGCAGCAACAUCUGACGAGACUGGACUAGAUGAGGGGGACGGCAGCCUGGAGGUGCUGCCGCCACCUGAUCUAGAGGAGACCGACGAUGAAGAUGAGGAGGUUGAGGUCGCUGGCAUAGAGUUGCCAAUCACUGAAAAAGAGGAUUUAAUUGCAAUGGAAGUCGAGUUCACUAAUGCUCCGUCUUUGCAUGUAACAACAGUCACUGCUUUUGAGGAAUUAUUGCCUGACAGAGGCGUUGAGGAUCCUUUCUUGGACCAGGUUCUGGUUACGCCACACAUCAGCACUGUCCCUCGGUACUCAACUACCACUGAAGCACCCAUUUUCUCGCCCAAAGGAACCUUGACUGUCGAACUUUCAGUGAAAAAGGUGGAGGCAUCUGGCUUGUAUGAUGACUACUCCUUGACUGAACCACAUACCCUUGGGGUGCCAGUCACAGAUUCUCCUGAACUUGAAGUUUGGACUCGUGAGGCCCCCGCUUUCGCAGGGCCCACUGAUUUAGCAGUCAGGCUUCCAGAAGCCACUGAAGAAGUAACUCCUGAAGCAGCAGUGGCUACAGUUGGGUCUAGAUCAGAGGAUAUUCCCAAGAAGGAGGAGGUUAAAGUUAUUGAUGUGCCUGAAGUCCCUGAUACUGACACUUCCUCCACUGAAGUGUCACCUACUGUUGGAGAUGUCCAGGACAUCACAGUCACAGAAUCCAGCUUUAAUUGGAUCACUGAAGAGCCGUCAGAACUUGAAAUAUUCACGGAAAAACCAAAAUUGCUGCUGCCAGAAACCAAAGAUCAUGAUGAGGUAGAGAUAAUAGAGGAGCAAUACAUUGGUGCCAUUGAUCCUGUGACAACAACGGCACCGACGGUUGGUAUCCAAGGUGAGGAUCUCAUUGUGGACGAAGUGAUGGUUGUCACCACAACGACUUUAGCUCCGGUCCUUGUUGUUUCUGAAAGUUCAGACCACAGCAGCAGCAUUGCACUCUCACCUGAGAAGGACUCACCAUUCACUCGAGUUUCGGAUUCUGCACCGGAGGACGAGGAACCGGUCAACCACGAACAUCCUAACCAUGAAGAUGCUGACGAAGUUCCACUGAGCAUUCCAGAUGUCCCUCAUUUGACUCAAUCGGUGGUGGUUUUGAACCAAACAGAGGGUGGAGCAGCUCAGGAUGAAGACUCGUUAACCACCUUGAUGAAUACUUCAGAAGGUGAAUUAAGUAGCGAUAUCCUCAAAACAACAACGUCCUCGAUUCAGGAAGUCGACGACAGCACCCCUUCUUCUGAAAUCCAACCCUUUGAUCCCGGUUUCUCCAACGUGCCAACCAUCGAUGUCAGCUUUGAUGUGUUCCAGUAUGGUGGCAUUGCAACUGAAGGUGACAGCAGCGGCUUUUCCAGUGGGGCACAGGGGUCAGACCUGGAAGCAUUAGCGAGCCGACCCGGCAGGGCCCUGAUGGUUUUCUUUAGCCUCAGGGUGACCAACAUGGCGUUCUCCAUGGAUCUCUUCAACAAGAGCUCCCCUGAGUACAAAGCCCUGGAGCAACGUUUCCUACAACUGCUGGUCCCCUACCUUCAGUCCAACCUGAACAACUUCCAGAACCUGGAGAUACUCAACUUCAGGAACGGCAGCAUUGUGGUGAACAGCAGGAUGAGGUUUGGUAAGCCGGUUCCCAAAGGGGUCACCAACAGUGUCUACCUCAUCCUGGAGGACUUCGCCAACAACGCCUACCAAACCAUGAACCUGGCCAUCGACAAGUACUCGCUGGAUGUAGAAUCAGGCGAACGGGCUGACCCCUGUAAGUUCCAGGCGUGCAAUGACUUCUCCAGGUGUAUGGUGAACAGGUGGUCGGGCGAGGCCGAGUGUGUGUGUGACGCCGGGUACCUGAGCGUGGACGGCCUGCCGUGUCAGAGCGUUUGCGAGGUGCAACCCGACUUCUGCCUCAACGACGGCAAAUGUGACGUCAUCCCCGGCAAGGGCGCCAUCUGCAGGUGUCGAGUCGGAGAGAACUGGUGGUAUCGCGGCGAGCACUGUGAAGAAUAUGUCUCUGAGCCGCUAGUAGUUGGCAUUGCCAUCGCCUCGGUGGCCGGGUUCCUCAUGGUGGCAGCUGGGAUAAUUUUCUUCCUGGCGAGGACGCUACGAGAGCAGUAUGAUGGGGAGGACACAGAGGACCCCCUGAGACGGGGAGACAGCAUGCCGACGCUAGAGCGCGCCGCCAAGUUCAACCCCACGUUUGAGAGCGACCCGGUCACUGCCCAGUACUACCGUCGUUAUGAUGACGAUGUUCCCCGGUACAACCGCAGUGGUGGCGGCGCCAACUUCCCACCGUACAGCAGUUGCAGCAGCGCCGACAGCUCCAGAGUCUUCGGCAGUGACGAGAUACGACAUAUCUACGAGAACACCACGCUCACCAAGGAGGAGAUCCAAGAGCGCCUGAGGAUAAUCGAGUUGUGUGCCAGAGAUCAACACUUUGCAGACUUUAUGCGACAAACUCAAGUAUUCCUGGAGAGAAGAGGAAGCUCGAACACAUAACGGGUCGUGAGCCGGCAACCUCAAGAAACCCGCCUUCGUCUUUGAUUCGUAUGAAUCGUCUCGCUGCUUCCAAUUGACAUGAAGAUGUCGAGACGUUUAUUUCGGGGUGGCCUGAAGUGAACUUUGACCUUUGCUUGGUUGCCUGUCCGUCUCACCUUCACCUGUAAAUACUGUUGUUUGUCUCUGUCCACCUGUGUCCCUCUGUCCUCCAUCACACUUCUCUCAGUUUCACUUCAAGGGCUUCUGUUUGCGUCCUCAGUGCUGCAGGAUCGGCUGUCGUCACCGUCACAGUUUUUGAUUCUGGUGAUUUUUCUUUUUUUUCCCGGGACGGCUCCGUCUCUCAGCGCUCCUCCCCGUCAGUGCCUUUGCCGCUCUGUUAGCUUGUUUGGGAUUCGACGCGUUGACUCUCGGGGCCCUUGACGUCAGUUUUUCUCUCGGAUCACUAAACCACCAAUCAGCUGCUUAACAAACACCAAUGUUUACAUUUCUCAACCAGUGCUGGAGUGUGAACGGAUGUGUAGAACACGUGUAGCCUGUAUGUCUGUUUAACAAGUCCUGCUGACCAAUCACAGAACAGUUUCUUUUCAAUGCUGCCGAGGUGUCGGCUCCAAAACAAUGAGCCAUAAAUAAAUAUUAUUAAUGUAACUCUGUGAGGAUCAGAGAACUAAAAAUAUAACCAAGCUUUGUGUUAUCCUGCUGCAGCUUCAAACUGCUGCAUUUUAUUUACAUCUGUGUCAGACUGCAAAUAACCUGAGAUAGUCUUAUCUCAGUCUCACAAGUCAUCUUGUUCCUACAAGUUAACUUGUUUCCACAAGUAACUAUAUUGUUUGCAACAGUUAUUAUCUUGUUUUCACAAGUUACUAUCUUGUUUUAUCUUCUCACGUUAUUAUCUUGUUUGCACAAGUUCGUGCAAGUUAUUAUCUUGU